AUGGUGGUGGUGGUGCAGCAGGUCAUCGACGUGACUGCAGCGGCGGCAGACGGCAGCGCCGCCCGACGUCGUCCGGCGCGCGUGCCGGUGCCCCCGCCGCGCUCGCUGCUGAGCACGGUCGGGGCCAAACUCAAGGAGACGCUGUUCCCGGACGACCCGUUCCGCGCCGUGGCGCGCGAGCCCGCGGGGCGUCGCCGCGCGCUGGCCGUGCUCCGCUACCUCCUCCCGUGCCUCGAGUGGCUGCCGUCCUACUCGUUCGCCAAGCUCCGCUCCGACGUCGUCUCGGGAGUCACCAUCGCCAGCCUCGCCGUCCCGCAGGGCAUCAGCUACGCAAGGCUCGCCGGACUCGACCCCGUCAUCGGACUAUACUCGAGCUUCGUGCCGGCGCUGGUGUACGCCGCGCUGGGGAGCUCGCGGGAGCUGGCGGUGGGCAGCACGGCCGUGAUCUCGCUGCUGUUCGCGUCCAUGCUGGGUCCCGCGGCGUCGCCCGCGGAGGACCCGGCGCUGUACGCCAGCCUAGCCUUCACGGCCACCUUCUUCGCGGGCGCCUUCCAGGCGGCGCUGGGCGUCCUCCGUCUCGGCUUCCUCAUCGACUUCCUCUCGCACGCCGCCAUCGUCGGCUUCAUGGGCGGCGCCGCCACUGUGGUGGCCCUGCAGCAGCUCAGGGGGUUCCUCGGCCUCCAGCACUUCACGCACGCCACCGACCUGCCGGCCGUCAUGCGCUCCGUCUUCUCCCAGUCGGCGCACUGGCUUUGGCAACCCUUCCUUAUUGGAGUCUGCCUCUUCGUCUUCCUGCAGAUCACACGCUACAUCAGCAAGAGGCGGCCCAAGUUGUUUUGGAUAUCGGCGGCGGCGCCAUUGGCGUCAAUCAUUGUCUCCACACUUCUGGUCUAUCUCAUCAGUGGGGAAAAGUACAGUAUUCAAACGAUCGGCUCCGUGAAGAAGGGCAUAAAUCCCUUGUCGGUCAAGAGUCUGCUCUUGUCGUCGCCACACACGUGGCUCGCCGCCAGGACCGGGAUCAUCACCGGCAUUAUCUCACUCGCUGAAGGGUCUGCGGUUGCGCGGAGCUUCGCCAUGGCCAAGAACUACCACGUGGACGGGAACAAGGAGAUGAUCGCGUUCGGGGCGAUGAACAUGGCGGGCUCCUGCACCUCCUGCUACCUGACGGCGUCCCCGUUCUCGCGGUCGGCGGUGAACCGCGACGCCGGGUGCCGGACGGCCGCGUCCAACGCCGUCAUGGCGCUGGCCGUGGCGGCCACGCUCCUCCUCCUGACGCCUCUGUUCCGGUACACGCCGCAGGCGGCGCUGUCGGCCAUCAUCACAUCGGCGAUGCUGGGCGUCAUCGACGUCCGCGCCGCGGCGCGCCUGGCGCGGGUGGACAGGGUCGACUUCUGCGUCUGCCUCGCCACCUUCCUGGGCGUCGUCUUCCGCAGCAUCGACGUAGGCCUCGUCGUCGCCAUCGGCGUGCUGGUGCUCCGGGUCCUGCUCUCCGUGGCGCGCCCGAGGACCACGGCUCUCGGGAAGGUGCCGGGCUCCACGGCGUACCGGAGGAUGGACCAGUACGCCACGGCGCAGGCCACGCCGGGGGUGCUUGUCCUGCGCGUCGACUCGCCCAUCUGCUUCGCCAACGCCAGCUACCUGCGGGAGAGGAUCUCGCGGUGGAUCGACGACCACGAGGAUCAGAUCAGGACCUGUGGCGGAGAGAGCCUGCGAUGCGUCGUGCUUGACAUGGGAGCUGUCACGAGCAUCGACUCGUCUGGUACUGGCAUGCUGGAGGAUCUCAAAAGGAGCCUUGACAAGAGAUGCCUCCAGAUAGCAUUGGCCAAUCCCGGCAGUGAGAUUAUGAGGAAACUUGACAAGUCCAAGGUGCUCCAGAUCAUCGGCGACGAGUGGAUCUUCUUGACAGUAGCCGACGCGUCUGAUUAUGCACACAGAAACUGCAAGAUUGCAACUACUCUGCAAUCUGUUCUGUCACCGAACGAGAUGGUCUGA